AUGAGUUGUCCUCAACUGCCAGAGGGGCAGGCGCAAGCCAUUGGCCACCAGGACAACAACGUUGAGGCCCAGUCGAGCGUCAAGCUCGUGGGCGCGGGUGGCGCGGCGGCUGCCAAUCUCUACAACUCGUACGGCGUCUACUACGGCUACUACAAGGACAACGUGGCCCUCGCCUACUCGGCGGCACCCAUCUCACAGGCCCUCACGCAGUACAACCAAACCCUGGUCGACUUUGUCGGCGUGGACACGGCCCUGGACCUGGACCAGCUCGAGGGCGUGCCGGGCCUCGUGCAGCUGCCCACCGCCGGUCUGCCGCUGGUCCUGGGCUACAACCUGUCCUCCUCGCUCUUGGCCAACGACUCCCUUGUCCUCUCGGGCGACGUGGUGGCCCGGAUCUGGAGCGGAGAGAUCACCCGCUGGAACGAUUCGGCCAUCGUCGCGCUCAACCCGGACAUCGGCUCGCGCCUGCCCGAUGCAGAGAUCAGGACCAGUUUCCGCACAGGCAGCGCGGUGAGCAGUACGACCGUCUUCAAGCGCGCGCUCAACGUCUUCACCAACGGCAGCUUUCCGCGCGACGGCCUCCUCGAGGACUUGCCUCCGGCGGCGUCCCUGGGCACGUCGCAGGGCUUCAGCACCGACGCCCAGCGCAUCAAUUUCGUGAAGACCACGGACAACUCGUUGACCUACAUGACCCUGUUCGAGGCCAAUGAAGCCGGCCUCGCUGUGUCGCGCAUGCGCAACGCCGCCGGGUCCAUUGUGAGUCCUACCCAAACAGCGGUGCAAGCGGCCAUGACCGCGUACCGCUCAGCCAUCGAUUCCGGGCAUCUCACCGUGGACAUCUUAAACGCCAACGGGACCGGGUCGUGGCCGAUGAGUUUCAUCAGCUUCACCCUCAUCCCCAAGAACAUCACCUCCUCCGACUGCUCCAACAUUCGCGAGCUCCUGCUUCUGAUCUCCUGGGCGGCAAGCGUGGCCACCUCGCUGGGCUACACAUCGCUGAUCAAUGCCUACCGGCGCCGCCUGAUCGACGCCAUGGGCACCAUCUACUGCAACGACCGCAAGGCGUUCCAAACGGCCGUGCUGCUCGGCAUGGGGGCGCCCUUCACCAUCUACAACACCUGGGUGGCCAACUACCCGAGCACGGCCUUCAAGGUGCAGUACACCUCCACCAUCUCCCAGACCGCCAUCGACGAGAUGGUCGCGGGCGACAUCGAUUACGGCGCGCUCAGCACGGCGCUCACGCCGGCGCAGCAGGCGCUGAUGCCCGACGCCGCGGGCGUGCCCACGAUCGGCUACGGCAUUAUUCCCUACUACAACAUUCCUGAAAUUGUUGGCUCGAAGGAGCCCCUCAUUCUGGACUGGCAGGCCAUGGCCUACAUCUACCUCAACAGGAUCACCAUGUGGAACGACCCGUACAUCAAGCAGCUCAACCCACUACUGGAGAGCCUGUUGCCCAACCGAUCGAUUAUCAUCGUCUACCAGAACGACCCGUCGUCGCCGGCCACGGCCCUCUUCACCGACGCACUCAGCCGCAAGGUGCCCGAGUGGCGCGCCGAGCUGGGCAACUCGACCACCUACCUGGGCCAUUUCCCAGCCAUGGACGUGCCCGGCCGCACCAUCGGCAGCACCAUCCGCAACUUUGCGCUGCUCAACGCCAUCAUCGACACGCCCUACGCCUUUGCGUUCCACCACAACCCGGACGUGGUCACGUCGCGCACGAUCAAGGGCGCCUCGAUCUACAACGAGGCCAACAACCUGGUGCCGUGCGACCCGACCACAAUCUACGCGGCGAUGAUGGACCACAAGGACGACAUCACGUCGGCCAUCUCGCUGGCGCCUGGGGCCAACAGCUGGCCCAUGGUGCUGGUCAACUCGAUCACCAUCCACACGCGCGAGAUGACCGAUUGCACCAAGGCCGGCGGACUGCUCGACUACCUCUACUGGGCUCAGACCGACGCCGACGCCUCGUCCAUGGCAACCGCUGCCCAAGUGGUGGUGGCUGCGACGGUGCCAUCGGUGAAGCGGCGCCUGCUCAGGCUGCUCGACGAGACCACCUGCAACGGCGUCGCGGCCAGCUCGCUCCAUGGCUGCAUCACGCCCGACGGCACCCUCUGCUCGGACCACGGCGUGUGCAUAGCCGGCGCGUGCAACUGCGACAGCGGCUGGCAGGGCCAGUUCUGCGACGACCAGGGCCGCAGCGCUGCCGACAUCGCCCUCAUCGUGGCCCUGUCCACCGCCGUACCGAUUGUGACCCUGGUCUUCCUGCUGCUGCUCUGCGCGCUGGUCGCGGUGCUGGUCUACGCGCGCCGCAACCGGCGGGGCAAGGACGACUGGGAGAUCGACGCCGACGAGCUCGAGAUGGGCGCGCACCUGGGCACCGGCGGCUUCGGCGAGGUCCACCGCGCCCUAUGGAAGGGCACCGAAGUGGCGGUCAAGACCAUGACCGCCGCCAACGUCUCCCGCGAGAUGGAGCGUAACUUCAAGGAGGAGGUGCGGGUGAUGACGGCCCUGAGGCACCCCAACGUGGUGCUGUUCAUGGCAGCGUCGACGAAGCCGCCCAGGAUGUGCAUCGUCAUGGAGUUCAUGGCCCUCGGCUCCCUCUACGACUUGCUUCAGAACGAGCUUGUGCCCGACAUCCCCUAUCUGCUAAAGAUCAAGAUGGCGUACCAGGCGGCCAAGGGCAUGCACUUCCUGCACUCGUCGGGCAUCGUGCACCGCGACCUCAAGUCGCUCAACCUGCUGCUCGACAACAAGUGGAACGUGAAGGUGUCGGACUUUGGGCUCACCAAGUUCAAGGAGGACAUCAAGACCAACAAGGCGGGCGCCGAAGACCUGCGCGGCGGCGGUAGCGUGCACUGGACCGCGCCCGAGGUGCUCAACGAGACGCCCGGCGCCGACCUGGUGCUGGCCGACGUCUACUCCUUCGGCAUCAUCCUGUGGGAGCUCCUGACCCGACAGCAGCCCUACGCUGGUCUCAGCCCGGCAGCGGUGGCGGUGGCGGUGAUCAGGGACAACCUGCGGCCGACCAUCCCGGAGGAGCACGGCGCGCCGCCCGAGUUCGAGGCGCUCAUGACCAGCUGCUGGAAUGUGGAACCCGUCAUCCGGCCCGCAUUCCUCGAGAUCAUGACCCGCCUCAGCACCGAGAUGGGCGCGGGCGGCUCGUCGUUCAAGACGGGCUCGUCGUCCUCGUCGUCGCUGCCCAUGGGCGUCUCGUCCUGGACCGCGUCGGGCAACACGAGCAGCUCGGGCGGCAAUUCCAGUUCGUCCGGCGACAGCUCGGUGGGCGACGUAGCCGGAGCUGCGGCUGCGGGCGUGAAGCCGCCCGAGGGAGACGUGGCGAUCGUGUUCACCGACAUCACGCGCGCCGCGUCGCUCUGGGACAGCAACGCGCUCGCCAUGCGCGACGCGACGCUUUUGCACAACGAGACCCUCCGCACGCUGCUCAAGAAGCACCACGGCUACGAGGUCGUGUUCCUGCGCGACCGCAACAGCGGCGAGGGCUCGUUCUGUAUGGCCUUCCAGCAGGCCGACGACGCGCUCGAGUGGUGCAUCGACGUCCAGCAGGAGCUGCUCCGGGUCGAGUGGCCCGGCGAGCUCCUGGCCCACCCCGGCGCCGCCGAAGAGUGGGGCGACAAAGACGAUCGAGUGCUGUUCAAGGGCUUGCGGGUGCGGAUGGGGGUGCACUGGGGCAAGCCGCGUAUGGUAAAGGACCCGAUGACGCGGCGGGUGGAGUACAUCGGCCCGGUGGUGAACGCCGCGGCGCGCAUCACGGCCCUCACGCACGGCGGCCAGAUUCUCAUGUCCCACGCGGCCUUCAACCGGCUGCAGGACCGCCCGCUGGCGCAGGAGGGCCACAAGCGCAUCCAGUACCUGGGCCGGUUCGAGAUGCCCGAUGCGCCCGGCGGCUCCAAGCUGUUCGAGGUCAAGGUGCGCGGCCUCGAGGCCCGCUUCUUCGGCGGCGUCUCGCCCGAGGCCGGCCACGGCGGCUCGUCGUCCCACACCACCCACUCGUCGAGCAACGACGGCGACAGCGGCGACGGCGAAGAUGUGGGCGAGCGUCGCCUCAAGACCAACAAGCCCUCGCGCGCGGCGGACGGUGUUGAUCGUCAUGACGGCGGCGAUGGCGGCGGCGAGCUGCUGACGGUGGUGGGCGAGGGCAUGAUGUUCAAGGAGGACAACUUCUUGACGUCGGCCAACCUGUGCCGGUGGGUGAUCGACUUCGGGGAGAUCCAGCUGGGCCGGCAGGUGGGCCUCGGCUCGUACGGCGUCGUGUACAAGGGCAAGUGGAAGGGCGUCGACGUGGCCGUGAAGCGGUUCAUCAAGCAGAAGCUCGAUGAACGCAGCAUGCUCGAGUUCCGCGCCGAGAUGGCCUUCCUCUCCGAACUGCACCACCCCAACAUCGUCCUCUUCAUCGGAGCGUGUGUGAAGCGGCCCAAUCUGUGCAUCGUGACCGAGUUCGUGAAGCAGGGCUCGUUGAUGGAGAUCCUGCAGAACAACAGCGUCAGGCUCACCUACCAGCAGAAGCUGCGCAUGCUGCGCUCGGCCGCGCUCGGCAUCAACUACCUCCACUCCCUGCACCCCGUCAUCGUCCACCGCGACCUCAAGCCCUCCAACCUGCUCGUCGACGAGAACUGGAACGUCAAAGUGGCCGACUUCGGGUUCGCCCGCAUCAAGGAGGAGAACGCCACCAUGACCCGCUGCGGCACGCCCUGCUGGACAGGUGAUUCGGGGGGAGAAGUACUGCGAGAAGGCGGACGUGUACUCGUUCGGUAUCGUCAUGUGGCAGGUGCUGACGCGCAAGCAGCCCUUCGCCGGGCGCAACUUCAUGGGCGUGUCGCUCGAUGUGCUGGAGGGCCGCCGGCCGCAGGUGCCGGCCGAGUGCGCGGCGGACUUCAAGAAGGUCAUGAAGAAGUGCUGGCACAACUCGCCCGAGAAGCGACCCGCCAUGGAGACCGUGCUGGCCUUCUUCGACGCCGCCCUCGGCGAUGA